UGAGGCAAAGAAUAUACACACAUAAGUUCAAGCUUUUGCAAAAAGCUAUCACUUCCAUUCAUCUUCAAUCUUCAAAAUGAAUCAUUUUUAAUUCAAGAAAACACUCAUGUUGAUGCUAAAACCCCUUUUAAUUCUUAAAAAAGUUAUCUUUUUUAUACCCCACAUAACAGAAAAAUAGUUAUAGUGAAGAAUUUGAUAACAUAGGAUAGCUUAGUUAUGGAGGUUGCUGGGAAAAACCUGUUUUCUUCACCACCAACUUUUUCUCAGAAAACCCAACUCAGGAAUUGUCCUUGUUCAAUUUCUUCUUCAGUUCUGAUGCUUCAUGAUCAUGCUGCUCCAGCACUUACUUCAGUGCCACAUGCUUAUUUGGCUCGACAUGUUCCUCCAUCAGCUAUCAAUCUGGAGCAGCAGUUUGAGAAUCGGCUGGAAUUUCACCUAGUAAAGGAAGAGAAAACAUCCCUGGCAACAAUAGAUAGGGAGCUUUUGGAAGCUGCAUCAUCAGCAAUAGAAGAGAAUGACGUUGAUUCAGAGAAAAAUAUAAAAGCUUUGCAAAUGCAGCUACUUCAUUGGCCUGGUCCAUAUUCAUUUGCCCCGUAUUAUCUGAAGGAAAAAGGACCCCUAUCUACGGAUAAGGAACCUCUUCGCAGUAAGGGAGAGAAAUUAAUGAACGUUGAACCACACAGUGUGGUUGCUCUUGCCAAAAAAGCUUUGUUGGCAUCAAGAGAGGCAGCGUUAUUAGCCGAAGACUCCAAAUUACUUGAAACCACCUUUGACGAUUCUAAUUUUCCAGAUUUCCUAUCCACAAAUUUGGCUGACGAUAAACUGAAAGAGCGAAGGACAGUGAGGUCAACGCGUCUUAUAGAGAGGCAGUCUCGGAAAAGGGGAGCUCCAAAGCCAACUCAUCAAGUUCAGGAGACAAAUCGUUCAGGUAGGCCAGAAGUGCGGAGAAGAGUGAACGAAUCUAUUGAUCUAAAUGAUCCUCUUCGAAUGUUCCUAUGGGGUCCCGAAACUAAACAACUUUUAACCGUCAAAGAGGAGUCUGAAUUGAUUGUCAAGAUACAGGUUUCCAUGAAAUUACAAGAAGUGAAGCAUCAGCUUCAGACUCAGUUUGCUCGUGAACCAACACUGUUCGAGUGGGCUGAAGCUGCAGGGCUUACUUCUCGAGAAUUGAAAUCACAACUUCUUUCUGGCAAGAGCAGCCGUGAGAAAUUAAUUAAUGCCAAUUUGCGAAUGGUGGUUCAUAUUGCUAAGCAAUAUCAAGGACGUGGUCUCAGCCUUCACGAUCUAUUGCAGGAGGGAAGCAUGGGACUAAUGAAAAGUGUCGAGAAGUUCAAGCCUCAAGCAGGUUGCCGAUUUCCCACCUACGCAUAUUGGUGGAUAAGGCAAGGAGUUAGAAAGGCCAUAUUUCAACAUUCUAGGACAAUCCGUUUGCCAGAAAAUGUGUAUGCGCUUCUCUCUAAGGUAAAAGACGCGAAAAAGUUAUGCAUUCAACAAGGUAAUCAUCAUCCAACCAAAGAAGACAUUGCGUCACGCGCUGGAAUGAGUGUGGAAAGGUUGCAGAAUCUGCUAUCAACUGUUAGAACACCUCUUUCGAUACAACAGUCGGUGUGGUCAGAUCAAGAUACUACUUUCCAGGAAAUUACUGCUGACAAUGCAAUUGAAGCACCAGAACUGAGUGUGUCAAAGCAACUAAUGAGGCGACACAUACGCGGCCUCUUAAAUGUCCUGAGUCCAAAGGAAAGGAAAAUAAUCCAACUUAGAUUUGGCAUUGGAGAUGGCAAACGAAAUUCACUCUCCGAAAUAGGUGCUGUUUUUGGACUGUCAAAGGAACGAGUUAGACAGCUAGAAACUCGAGCGUUAUACAAGCUAAAGCAGAAUCUUAGCAAGCACGGGCUCGAUGCAUAUUCCGAUAUGCUCUUUUAGAUCAGACACUCUUUGAUUUACGUAGCGAGAUUCGAGGUGGAGUUGUGGCUGAUGCAGAAUCAACAGUACAUACAAGUUGUUCACACACCCUUGUAAGUAUGGGGCAAAUGUUUUAACUGUUUUUAGUUUUGCUUUACAAACACUUGUGAACAUGAUGUUUCUGGUCUUGCCCUUUUUGUCUUGUAAAGUAUCAAGUUGUAAAUCUUUUCUUUCUUAAUCCUGACAUUUAUUCUAAUGGAUUUUUUUUUCGAAAA